AUGAGUGCCAAGUCAGCCAUCAACAAGGAGAUCUUCACACCUCACGAUGAGAAGAUGCUUGCUGCUGUUCAGGUGAAGAGGAGGACCAAGAAGAAGAUCCCUUUCCUGGCCACCGGUGGUCAGGGAGAUUACAUGACUUUCAUCUGUAUCUCUGUGACGAAUAGGAAACCCUCCAGCGUAUCCAUAACAAAGGUGAAGCAGUUCCAGGGAUCUUCUGCUUUUGUAAAAAGGUCACAGUGGACAGUUGAUCAGCUACGACAGGUCAACGGCAUUGACCCCAACAAAGACUGUCCAGAAUUUGACCUCACCUUUGACAAUGCUUUGGACCAGUGGGUUGCUAGCUCAGCAGGAGAGAAGUGCAUCUUUAUCCAGAUACUUCACCACACCUGCCAGCGCCACUGCUCGGCACAGAAACCAGAGUUUGUCAACUGUCAGUCGAAACUGCUUGGGGGUAACAGUAUACUGCAUUCAGCCGCAGACAGCGUGACCAGUGCUGUACAGAAGGCCAGCCAAGCCCUCAACGAGCGCGGGGAGCGAUUAGGUCGGACUGAGGAACGGACUGCAGAGAUGAUGAACAGUGCUGAACAGUUUGCUGUCACUGCACACAAGGUGAGACCAUAUUCCAUCUCUGCCAUCUAA